CGUUACCGCCUCCAACACAGGAAGGAUGCGGUGCGUAGUGUGAGAGGGUGACAGCUUAUUAUACCUAUAGCUGGAAUACAUGUUUGAACCGUCUGAAACAGCUGUAAAAUUCACACGCGCCAACAAGAAGCACGCGCUCUUUUAAGGGACAAAAGAUUGCAUGUAAACAUAGCCUUCGUCAGUGAUCAUUUGGUUUAUUUUUUGCUACCUGGACCGUCUUUCUUUUUGCUGAGAGUGGAUGAAAAGUCGGUGCUGCCGCUCAAGUUUGGAAUUUGAGGUCGACGACAGCGUUUCCCGAGGAAGGAAAUUCUCCAGCAAUUCCUAAAUGUGUCAUCACCUAUACCAGACCUCAGUGCUCCACUCCAAAACAUCCACAUCCAGACUCUGACCCCGCUCUCACUUCCCACUCUGGCUGGAAUCUGUCUCAUUUCUGUGUCGCUGAUUUGAGACGUAGGUGCUUACUACCUAACACAAACCCCAACAUGCCCAUCCUCAAGCAGCUUGUGGCGGGCUCGUCCCAGACCAAAGCUCGGCGCUCCCGUAUGGACCUCACCACGGAGAUGAUCAGCGCUCCUCUGGGCGACUUCCGCCACACCAUGCAUGUGGGCCGCAGCGGCGAGGCGUUCGGAGACACCUCCUUCCUCAGCACGCGCUCCGGCGAGCCCCCGCGCGAGACAGAGCCGGCCUUCCCUCGCUCCCCGAAGCCCGGCCUGCUCGCCCGCACCUUCCGCAGCAGCAAGCGCUCGCAUUCCAUGAACCGCGCCGACCAGCAGCAGCACGAGAACACGCUGGCGCCCCCGGACGGGUCGCCCACCUUCGUGAAGAACGCCAUGUCCCUGCCCUUCCUGAACGAGAGCGACGGGGAGCGGGAGGACGGAGGCAGGGUGCUCAAGAGUCUCACGUCCAGCCCCAUGAGGCAGGCGGCCCCAGCCAGCGCCAAGUCCUCCAACGGGGCAUUGGCUACAGGUGGUCAGGUGCUGGAUUUAGAGCAGCACGAGCAGCUGUUCGGGGUGCUGACAGAUCUGCGCUCACACGGACCCUACAACGGAGGAGGAGGAGGGGGGAUGAAGAAGGCUGAGUCGGUGAUGUCCUUCCACGUGGACUUGGGGCCCUCCAUGCUGGGAGAUAUCCUGGAUGUUAUGGAGACCACCAAGGACGAUGACCAAGGGUUCGAGGAAGGGAAGGGCAGCGAGGGUCGAGAUUCGCCACAGUUCAGUGUGCACACGGAGGAUGAGGAAGGCGAUAAGGAGGUGGAUGAAGAGGAGAAGGAGCACAAAGGAGAGGACAUAGAGGAGGUUAGCCAUGACCAGGACGAAGAGGAGGAGGAGGAGGAGGAGGAGAAAGAUGAAGAGGUGGAAGAGAAUGUGAAAGGGAAGAUGAUCGAAGCCGAAAUCAUCGAGAAUCAUUCUGAGGAGUCAGACCCUGAACAGCCACAGCCAGAGCAACAGCAGUAUGCUGAGCUAGAGCAAGAACAAGUGAAAGAUGUACACGUCGGAGUGGAAGACGCACAGGACCUUAACGAUCGGGCAACUCCCAGACCACCGAGCUCGGUGGACCUCGACUCCCAGUCUGGGUCUGGGGCGCCGUACACCCCCGAGCUCAUGCCCAAACACCUGCAGAACUCAGACAGCUGCUCCAUGUCCAGCACCGGCUCAGCCGCCGUGGCAGACAGGCCACCGAGCCCAAGCCCCCAACUGCUGGAGGUGGAGGAGGGGCCCGGCAUGACCCGCUACAGCCCACCCCCACCAGUGGAGGAGGGAGAGUUCUCAUCGUUUAUAGAAGAUGAGGACGAUGAAAUCCGUCUGUAAAAAGUAGUCUCACAGUUAAACUCUCUCUCAGACGUACAUCUCGACGACAUCUCGGACGUUGCUCUUUCAAUGACAUGCGCUCAACUUGUGGUGUAACUUUCAGUGAUACUAUUGUGGUGGAACUGUGGACUAUAAAUAACAGAAAUAGCUUUUUUUUACAUUUUCCGAUUGGAACUGGGCUAUGAAACCUAGAACACCAUCUGCAGCUCCUCUCACCUCUGCGUCUUGGGGAGAGGAAUCAACGGAUGACAGCUCCCACUCUCCCAACAGUGUCAAACGCCAUCACCAUCUGCCUCUGACUCGCAGCGCCCGCCUGCCUGUGAGCUGGAAGCCCGAACGAGGGAAUGCGACGUGACCGGAUUGCAUAACGACAGAACUUCUUCCCGGUCCACUUUUGAUGUCGAGAAUCGCACUGCACUAAAAAGCCUCCUCGGGGAGAGUAAAAUGUCACAAUAACAUUUGAAGGGACAUUAUUGACUUCUUCCUGAUAUGCCAUCCCAGCAAGCAGUCAGUUCUACCACAUUCCAUGUUGUAUCAGUGAGGGGGGAGCCCUGCUGCUUUGACAUAUCCCCGUUUCAUCCCUGGUGGCCAGGUGCACACAUGCACAUGUUAGGUCUGGCCAAGUGGGGCCUGUAGCAAUGUAUUAUCUGACUAGUAGGGUUUUUUUCCGCACCACAGCAUACAGGGCAAGCACAGUAUGUCUGUUUCUCUUCACCCUAUCAGCAUAAAUGGCCUGCCCAAGGUCAGUACUCGGCUGCCUAGACAACCGAGAUUAUUCCGGAAUGGAGUGAAUGGGGUGUGGGAUGUGUAGCGGUAGUGGACAAACAGAAGCUGUAGCUCCCUCGUCUGGUUAGGGCUAAGCAGUCCCAGUCCAGCAGCCCCACUCGCGUCUCUAGUCUGCGCGCCUGUCAAGAGGAGAGUGGAUGAUGUUUGAGUUCAAAGGUGGCAUCCCUGGUUAUCUACCACCGCAAACACACACAAAACACGAAUUAACCCAGGGUGUGAUGGAGUUGUUUACUUCAUAUAAGGUGACUGCUGCAGCAGGGUAUAGUGUCUAACAAAGAGUAAUGGCUCAUAUUGCUGUGAUCAUCUUUGGGGCGUUUGGGGUUUAACACUUUGUGAAUGCGGGAGUGUUUAAAGCCGCUCCAACCAAUUGUCCUCUCCUGUCCUUCACGCUGCUGCCGACUGCCGUGUAAGAGAAAGAAUAAUUACUAUUUUCUUCCUCUUCUUCAGUUUCCUGUUUUGUUUUCUCUUUUUCUUUUUUUUCGGUUUCUACACCUUUUGAGUGUGUCGAUGCGAUUGCGUGUGUCUGUCGUGCAGCCCUGUGGAUGCAGUCUCUCCGUUCUCACCACUUCCUUCCUUCCUCAUCAUGUGACCUACAUGUUGUCUGCAGUGUCUGCUGUACAGGAGUAAGACACACACACACAAAAACUGUAUGCCCCAAUGCCCCAUUUCAAAACCAACCUCUUCAACGUGAGAUUUCGAUGCCACCCGACACCGCAAGACAGGGCAGAACUGAAUGCAAGCGAUGCAGUAUGUGGUGAUGGGAUGGUUGUUACGAUGUCAGUAAGUCGGUUGACUUACCAGUACUUUUGGUUGUUGUAAAUUUGGGGUUUUUUUUUGUUUUCUUUGUGAGCACUGCAAGUCCACUAGUGCAUUAAGCAAUCUGUUAGAUGUUGGAUGGUGUUUCUUGUCUCACCACAAAGCCAUUGCUGAGGUAGGGUGGUUUGGACACUGGACCUAAAGACUAUGGGGACACUUUGAGACAUUGCACACCUGCACGCACGCACACACAUACACACACACACACACACACACACACACACACACACACACACACACACACACACACACACACACACACACACACACA